AUGGGCGAUGCCGCGCGCCCGGGUGAUGAUAUAUUCAGUCAGGUCCUUCAGGAGAGCCUCAAGACAUGGUCGUCCUAUCUAGAUGCUGGGAGCGAAGGUCACCUAUUGCCCCCCCAUGCAAUAGAGCUGAAGUCUCUUGUCUCUCAGACCCCGGCUUUCCUUGGUGCUGGCCUUUCUUCCUCUGGCGAGAAGAUUUCAUUCGCUUGCGAGGAGAAGCAAUCAGCACAGGGCAAAGGUAGUCUUUUUAUUAAUGGCCAGUCAACGUGGAAGACCUCCAGAGGCAUUUGUGAUCUUGAGCCUAGGGUCCUGCCUAAGCAACUCCAACUUGCGGUAGGCAGUCGAGUAACUGUGAAAUUGUCAGAAGACUCUCCCUUCUCAGACUGGCCCGGAAUUCAUGGACUCUCAGGUUAUGAUAACGGAAACUAUCUUUCAGUCCUUUACCUCGCAUGGGCCUAUAUCUUGUCGGCUCGAUGGGUUGAGUUGCUUAGUCGCUCUGCUGACCAUGAAUGUUAUAUGGGCUACACUGCACAAGAGGGUGAGGACUCACAACAGUCGGAUAAUCAUACCUUGAUUCAAAUUGACCUCAGUGACGAUGCUUGUGAGGAAGAGGCCCUCUGGUGGCGUGCUAUUCUCUAUUCUGAGAAUGGUUGGAAUGCGACUACUAAGUACAACGGUCAUGAGUAUUUGUCUCCAUGGUCGGUGUCAGCGAAGUGCACCGGCUUGACCGUGGCCACAAAGGCUUCCGGCGGCAAGUCACACCCACCGUCAUCUAUGACCGCUCUCCAAUACCUCACAAACUUCUGUGUGCACCAUCGCCUUUAUGCGCAGUGCUCCGUCGCCCUUGCUGGCGCACUCUAUAUCCCAUUUCUGAGGGGGGGAACAGUUUCCCUCCCGUUUCCAAAACAGAUUCCUCGGGUAGACAUCAAAGAGGGAGCUGGUGAUUCUACUGUUUCUAUUUCAGGUCUUCUCAACGAAUACAGCGAAUUAAUUCCCAAGUGUAUGACAUUAAGUUCCAACGCGUUGGGUUUACGCUCUCUCCUGUGCAGUACUUUCUUUAAUCCUGAUAUCGAGUGUAACCUUGUCAGCGCCUGGCUGAACCCAGCUUUUGCAGUUAUUGAUUUGAUCUCACCAGGGACAAGUUCAUUGGCCACAUUAUUGGCAAAUCGACAGCCUCGACUCGGUUUCCUCUGGCUCGGUGCAAUUCUUACAGAUCUAGCAAAAUCAAUCUUGCGCGACAUACGAGCAGGAAUGACGGCUCUAGAUCUUCCAGCUUCUGCCUGGACUGGAACAACACAUACGUUCUUGACUUCAGAAAUGGGGGUCAUCAAUGGCGAAUCGAUAUGCCGCGUUGACGAGUGCCGUCUCCAAUUUAUCACAGCUUGCGAAGACCAUGACCGACCUCCAAUCUGGCCCUGGAAGCCCUUUGGGGUUACAAAACUUUGCGAUACAGAGUUACUGGUACGAAAACAUGCUCAAUGUCCUGCUCAUUGCUUAGAAUACAAAUCUUGGGAAUGGAUUUUGCGAAACGACAGUUCAAUUCAAGAUUUAGGAAAACCAAAGACCCAAUACCCUAACAAAGCCGUACAUGCAUUCCCCAAUAGGACCUCAGCGGUGCUCGACGAUUAUAGAUAUAAUUUCUUCUCGGAGGACCUUUCCGAAGGAGCCACACGUGGUAUAUUUGAAUGGUUAAGAUUGACAGGGUACCCUUGCAGCGAAAGACCCAUAUAUCAGCAUUCUUGGCUUGACUUAGAAGGCACGGACGAAGAAGAAGCGCCUGACGACGCGGAAUCGGAUGUGGAAAUACAGCGGACUCCAAAGAAGAUGCACGUCGGACGUUGGCUCGAGGGUAUCGAAUAG